CGGAGUGCUCGAUUGAAAGAUCCAUUUUUUGCGUGAAGAGGCGCAGCCAUGGCCGAGACAGAGGCAGCCGCGACGAGCUCGUCCAAGAAUGCACCGGUCAUCAAGAUCUACAUGCCCACGUACAUCAUGGCGCCGACCGAAGACGAAAAGUUUCGGCGGCGCAAGGUGUCGGGCAUUGUCGCCGAGUGUCUCCAGCGCGAGCUGGACACGAAAGAGUACGACGAAGAGGACGCCAAGCAGUGGUCGACGGCGAUCGCAGACGCGGUCAAGAACCGCAUUCGAGCCGAGUGCAGCUUCUCGCGCUACAAGAUCAUUGUACAAGCUUUUGUGGGCCAGCAAAAACUCCAGGACGUUCGCAUCGCGUCGCGCUGCCUCUGGGACAACGACUACGACAACCACGCGUCGGCCGAGUUUCACAAUGAGACGAUUUGGGCCACGUGCAUUGUCUUCGGUCUGUAUUCGGACUAAGAACUCGCCGCGCGCAGUUGUGUCAUAGCAAGGCAUAAGAUAUAUAGUGUACAUGAGCUCUGGACAUUAUUGUACACGGAUGUAUGUACGCGGCGA